CUUUAGGGAAUGUUUAGCCCAUAUUGUUCAUAUCGUUCCGUUAGAGCACUUUAUACCAAACUAUGUACAACUAAUCGAUGACUCGGUCGCCGGUUUCUUCUAAUUUACUUAAAAAACCAUUCAUUAUAGAACCUUAUAUGGCGAAGCCAUUCGUUAAUAUCUAUGACCCGCAUGGUACAUCCGAAGCACCGUUCACUGCUGAAGCAAAUGUACAAUAUGCUGCAGAGCUCUUUUCAAAGAAGGUUUCAACUAAUCCAGUUUAUGUAGCAGAUACUAUAGACAAGGCCCCUAAGAAGAAAAUCCCACAGGUGGCUAUAGUAGGUAGAUCAAAUGUUGGCAAAUCGAGCAUUAUCAACUCUCUGCUAUAUAGGCAGAUGAUACCGCACUUUGCUAGGAAUAUGUUAUCUAAUGGACAACUGCUAAAGAACCCGAAAUUCGCGCCGGUGUCAAACAAUCCAGGAAGAACUAGACACAUGUUCACAUUUGAUCUAGGAGCUGAACUUUCAUUAGUUGACCUCCCGGGAUACGGAUUUGCCAAGGUGAAUGAUAAUAUUAGAAAUGAGUGGUCUGUCCUGGUUAACAAGUACCUUGAGGAAUCAACGAGCUUACAAAGAGUGUUGUCCCUGAUAGAUGCACGCAGAGGACCAAUGGAACGUGAUUUAAAACUAUGGUCGAUGCUGGAAGAGUUGCGGGUACCAUUCCAAGUAGUACUUACCAAAUGCGAAGCGCUUAAACCUAUAGAGCUACACAUGGUGUGCCAGCGCGUGGCAGAGAUGGUAUUGGCACACGGAGAAACCGUACAUCCGUAUAUACACUCCACGUCAGCGCUUAAGCAGCUAGGAAUACAUGAACUCAGGCUGUCUAUCGCACACAUCGCAUCUACACAUAAGGCAAAAAAACAAUUAGUAGCAACGCAGUAAUGU